AUGGUCUCAGCUCUGGGACAGUUCCAAGACAACACUGGGGAAGGACACGGGUUCCUGUAUGAAACCUCUGGGGUCCGGCCUCAGUUCUCCCGUCAGGUCGCCUCCUUUGGUGCUUCCCCCACGACCCCCCCCCCAUUUGCCCUGGAGGGCGUCCACGCGCUCGUCGUCUCCCGGAGCGACCGUGACCUGAAGGACGCCAUGCAGGAGGCCCAGGGGCAGCAGUUCGUGUAGCGAGGGUCCCCAUCCCCGUCGGCUCAGCAGGAAAUCUGCACGCACGUCUUGGACCAAUUUGACUACUGCUCGUGAGCGGGCUCCCCUAACCCUUCCCUCUCCUGCAGGGAGGGCUUUUCCUGGGAUGGCUCAGCCGUCUUCCCAGAACCACCCGUCAUUAGGAUAUAUCCCGGCACGAUUCGUCCCGUCUCUCGGCACAUCAGAUACUACGCCAUGGCCCUACUGAAGAACGUGAAGGAGAGGGCCGCCUGGUUCCAAACACCACACGUCCUCUGGCCCUGGGGCUGUGACAAGCAGUUCUUCAACGCCUCGCUCCAGUUCACCAACAGACCUCUGAUGGAACUCAUCAACUCUAACUCCGCCUCCAAGCUUGGCAUCUCUGUGGAGCACGCCACACUGGCUGACUACUUCCGUGCCAUGCACACUCACAGUGUCACCUGGAACAUCCACGACCGGGACUUCCCGCCCUAUUCCUCAGAUCCAUUUCAGGCCUGGACCGGCUUCUACGCAUCCCACAGCGGGCUCAAGGGGCUGGCGAGGCGAGUCAGCACACUGCUGUAUGCCGGGCAGUCCGUGUCCACUUACUACGUGUGGCCGGCCCCCCAGCAGCACCUGGGCCUGGACCGGGCCCUGAAGCAGCUGCAGUGGCCCCCUGGGCGGUCUCCGAGGCAAGUGCAUGUGGACGUGGGCCAAGGCAAGGACAGUGACAGUGUUCAGCUGGGGGCUUCAGGAAGCUUUCGGGCCAAAUUUACGCAGAGGAGACGGGAGGGUGCCUGGAGCAUUCCAGCAGCUUUUAUAGGAAGACUGGGCGGCAGAGACGAACCUGGGACGGGACCCAUCCAGAUGUCUGUUUCUUGCCCAAGCCAGGGGACUCAGGCAGUGGGUGUCCACAAGGUCACCAGCCCCUCUGAGACUCAGUUUCCUCUUGUGAGAAGUGGGAGGGACCCUCACCUUCUCCACAGGCACCUGGCGAGAGGGAAGGAGAACCAGCACCUGGGAGGUGAGCGGGUGCGCUGGAGAGGCGGGUCCCGAUCCCAUGCUCCCCCUACUCUGGUCGGGCUACGGGUGCAGCACCACGACGCCAUCCCUGGGACUGAGACGCCCAAGGUGAGGGACAGGUACGUGGAGAAUCUGAGCGCGGGGCUGCACGGCGUGCACAAGCUGAUGGCCUCCAUCGUCCAGGACAGGACCCCAGCCCACUCAGGUAAACGAGGCCCCCGCAGGAUGCUUCUGCAGACCUGGGAGGAGGCUGUGACCGUCCUGACCAGAGAGCCCGCGGAGUCACGGAGCGGCACUGGAACACCUGAGGUGGCUUCCCCGAGGAGUGAACUGGCAGAGGAGGUCAGGAAAGGUGUCCCAGUCACAGGGAAGAGCCUGGGCAGAGGCGGGGGCCGGGAGAGGAGCACGGGGAACCUCAGCUCUCCGGAGGGACCCUGUGUGUUCCCUUCCAGCCUUCCCUGCCCAGGGACCGGGAACAGAGCCCUGAGCAGAGGAUGGGGUGCCGAGUGUAGGAGCCGACUAGCCCACCGGUCCCGAUACACAGGUCCCCUGGGAGCUCUCAGGGCUGUGUCUCACCUGCCUCCAUUUCCAUGUGACAAGGGCACCCAGGUGUGUAGGGUGAGUCAAAGGGCAGCAGGUAAAGCCAGGUCUCUGCGUUUAGACCCAGAACGUGGGGGACACGUUGUCGUGGUCUUCAACCCCUUGGCCUGGACGGUCACCACCAUCAUUACCCUGACUGUGGACUCUUCCUGGGUCAGCAUCACCGAUGCGUCAGGCCACCCGGUGCCUGCACAGGUCCAGAAAUCAAGGGAGAAACAACCUACAUACGACCUGCAUGUGCUGACCAUUCCGGGCCUCAGUUACCGGCACUACGGCAUCAGGAGCACCGAGGGGGCCCAGACGGGCAUCCACGAACCAGUUGCCACCAUAGUUAGUUCCACCCAGUUUGGGCGCAGGCCGUGGACGUGCACUGGUCCAGGGAUCAGGCACCUGUUGCGGGUGAAGAAUGACAUUAACACCGUGUUCCUGGACCGUGACACCAACCUGAUGCACAGCAUGUGGGAGAGCUUUGGGUCCCCUCUGGCACACGGGAGGAAUCUGAGGCCACUAUGGCUCGGGGAGGAGGGGGCGUCUCACGGGCUUUAUCUGAUGCAAGUGCACGAGCUUCACCGAGCGGCCUCGUGCCUGUCACUUACUCUGCCGAGAUCACUCGUGUUCACAGAGAGAGUAACCGCAACCAUGAUACGGAUCCGCAGCCCAUUUCUAAUAACUACACAUCUGCACCCAAUGAGACCGCGAAGCGCCCCAGGGAAACCAGUGGGAAUGCAGAUUGUGGCGGGGGAGCUCAGGACCGAGAUCCGGCAGUACCCCUACAGGAGGGUGAGGGACACGGAUCACACAUAGGCCAUCUACUCCCAACUCACCCACGUCCCACGCAGCCAUGGCAGAGAGCUGCUCUGCCGUCGCAUCGAGCAGGAGUGCCGGGGGCCCUUGCAGCUGAACCACGAGGCCAUCCUGAGGACCAGCACCAGUCUACACAACCGCCGGGUCCUCUCCUCAGACAACAGCGGCUGCUGGAUGCAGUGGAGGCACUUCCGGAAAUAUGCGAACAACAUGAACAACAUCACUCGGAAUCACUACCCCGUGGUUCAGUCCGCCUUCCUCGAGGACAACAGAAGCGGGCUCGUGCUGCCGUCCCAGCAGGCACGCCGCGACUCCAGCCAAGGGAACGGGCACGUGGAGGUCAUGCCCCAUCGCCUGUGGAACAAUUUGGACUGGGGUCUGGGUACCAGCCUCACGCUGAACGACACCUCCGUCGUCUUCCCUGUGCUCUGGCCGCUGCUGGGACCCCGGCCCCUCACCACGGGCCUGCUCCAGGGGGGUGGGCGGGCGCGGCAUCGAGAGCUGAACAGACUCAUGGCUGGCCACGGAGGAAAGGCCAAGGUAGACCUCCGCCGCGUCCUCUGGCUCCAGCACCUGUGUGAGGUCGGGGAGGACCCGGUCCUGUCUCAGCCUGUGACGGUGAAUCUGAAGGUAACCGACCGGGCGCUGGGGUCCAUGGUGGCCGUGGAGGAGCGUUCACUCAUGGGGACCUCGGACGUGAGCACCCUGUACCACUGGAGCUGGAGGACACAGGAGCGUUCCCACCACAGAGGUUGGGGACACCCCGGUUCAGGCCAUGCUCGGGAACCCCAGCUGCUCCAACCUGGCUCAGGAGCUGGGCAGCCCUGGUUCAGAUCCCAGCGCUGCCCCUUAUGA